GGGCGGGGUCCCCGGCCGGGCCGCGGGGGCGGGCGCNGGGGCCGGGCCGGGGCGGGGCGCGGCGGGCUGUGCGCGCCCACUCGGCUCCAGGCGGCCAGCGCUCGCGGGCCCAGGCCGCCCGGCUCGACCCGAGCACCGCGGCGGCGCAGCGACGGGAUCCCAGGAGAAGCAGCCGCAGUCGCGAGACGUCCCCCGCGCCCCCCGCUGCCCGCCCCAGGCUCAGUGUAUGGGGCCGCGGCCCGCCAACCUUCGUUGAGACCGUCCCCGGCGUGCGGUGGCCUCGGGCUCCAGAGCCCGCCCCGCCACCCGAGGGCUGCGCGCGGCCCCGGGCCUGCUCGCCGCGCGGCUCCGCGCGUCCCGGGCCAGGAAGUAGCGGCGCCGAGCGCCAUGGCCCACUCCCCGGUGCAGUCGGGCCUGCCGGGCAUGCAGAACCUGAAAGCAGACCCAGAAGAGCUUUUUACCAAGCUAGAGAGGAUUGGAAAGGGCUCUUUUGGUGAGGUGUUCAAAGGCAUUGACAAUCGGACUCAGAAAGUGGUGGCCAUAAAAAUCAUUGAUCUGGAAGAAGCCGAGGACGAGAUAGAGGACAUCCAACAAGAGAUCACAGUGCUGAGCCAGUGUGACAGUCCCUACGUCACCAAGUACUAUGGAUCCUAUCUCAAGGAUACUAAAUUAUGGAUAAUCAUGGAGUAUCUUGGUGGAGGCUCUGCCCUGGAUCUGUUAGAGCCUGGCCCUUUAGAUGAAAUUCAGAUUGCAACCAUAUUACGAGAAAUUCUGAAAGGACUUGAUUAUCUACACUCAGAGAAGAAAAUUCACAGAGAUAUUAAAGCGGCCAAUGUUCUGCUCUCUGAGCAUGGAGAGGUGAAGCUGGCAGACUUCGGAGUGGCCGGCCAGCUGACAGAUACCCAGAUCAAAAGGAACACCUUCGUGGGUACUCCCUUCUGGAUGGCGCCGGAGGUCAUUAAGCAGUCAGCCUACGACUCAAAGGCAGACAUCUGGUCUCUUGGCAUCACAGCAAUAGAACUGGCCAAAGGAGAGCCACCACAUUCUGAGCUGCACCCCAUGAAGGUGUUAUUCCUCAUCCCAAAGAACAACCCUCCCACACUGGAAGGGAGCUACAGCAAACCCCUCAAGGAGUUCGUGGAGGCCUGCCUGAACAAGGAGCCCAGCUUUAGACCCACUGCUAAGGAAUUAUUGAAGCACAAAUUCAUAAUCCGCAAUGCAAAGAAAACGUCCUACCUGACUGAGCUCAUCGAUAGGUACAAGAGGUGGAAGGCGGAGCAGAGCCACGAGGACUCCAGCUCGGAGGACUCUGACGUGGAGACAGAUGGCCAGGCGUCUGGAGGCAGCGACUCUGGGGACUGGAUCUUCACAAUCCGAGAGAAAGAUCCCAAGAACCUGGAGAAUGGGACUCUUCAGCUCUCGGAUUUGGAAAGAAAUAAGAUGAAAGAUAUCCCAAAGAGGCCUUUCUCUCAGUGUUUAUCCACAAUCAUUUCUCCUCUGUUUGCGGAGCUGAAAGAGAAGAGCCAGGCAUGUGGAGGGAACUUGGGGUCAAUAGAAGAGCUUCGGGGAGCCAUCUACUUGGCGGAAGAGGCCUGUCCUGGGAUCUCGGACACUAUGGUGGCACAGCUUGUGCAGCGGCUGCAGAGAUACUCUCUGAGUGGCGGAGGAGCCUCAGCGCACUGAAGGCCCAUGGCACCCCGGUUGGUUUUUCCUUUCUUCUUCAUCUUCCUUCUUUUUAAAAGUCAACGAGAGCCUUUGCUGACUCUGCGAAGAGGUGUCACGGAGGGGCCCACCCGCCCUCCCAUAGCGCCGGCACCUGUCCAGGGAUGGCCUCGUCGUGCCACAGCCAGAUGGAGUCUUUCCGAUAGGGUGGGGGAGGGUCUUCUCCUUCAAGCGAUUUUAUUUUUUUAUCGUUUUUAAUUUUAAUCAUAGUGCACAUAUUCAAAGAAAGUAUCUUUAAACACAAAAAACCCUGAAAUGUAUAUUUGGAUUGUUUUAAGGCAAUUGAAGACACGCAACCUCAGGUAUCCCGCUUUAUACCGAUAGCUCCUCCCCCGGGAGACGGAGAGUCGCUCUGGUGGAUCAGUGUACAGAUUGUAUAUAGCGUCAUUUUUACAGAAACCCUUUUGGCGUGCGUAAGGAUCACUGUGUACACAUUGGCCAAGUGCUUCUGUAGAUAAUGUCUGUGGAGUAAAUAUUUGACAGGCAGAACUGAGUCUAUUGCCUUGCCUUUAUUACGUGUAAAUCUUGAAUCUCGUGACCAGUGGUUUGGAUUUUAUUUUGUAUUUACAGGGUCUGUCAUUAAUAAUAAUUAACCCCCCCUCCCCUCAUGGAACACUCCCGUUUGUACCUCAACAGAUGCAAAUUUCCCUCUCGUUCACCCUAUGCCCUUUUUGGUACACUUAGAAGUUUUCCUUUUCCAUCAAUGGUACUGUUUCUUAGUGUUUUCAAUUGGAACAUAUCUUGUCUCACAGAGCUUUAAAUUAUUCUCUUAAGUUUCUUGUGGAUGAAGCACUCUCAUCUAACCUAUGUUGGGUUGUGCCACCGCGUCUGUACCAGAUGUCUUGUCUGGCAUCUUUCCAUUGAAUCUUGUAGUGCAACCUGCAUAUCAUCUCCACCUCAAAGUGUCUGAAUGCUUACACAAAUAAAUUUUAUAACUCA